AUGUCUCGAAUCAUACCUCGGCUGGCGCGCUUGCGUACACGACCCUCACUUAGUGAGUACCAUGAGAUUGAAGCAAGACUUAAGAGCUCUCACUGGGAUCUUUUUGACGACUCAAUAUCUGCGUAUCAUGCAAAACAGUUGUAUGCCACUUUGCAAUCGGUCAUUAACCCGACCGCUCGAUUUAUGAAUGAGAACAUGGAAAGUUUGAACAAGCGCUUUUGCAAAGGAAAGACGGUUCCAUACGGAUACUCGAUGAUCUAUUGCAACCCUAUUUCUGGCGAGAACGAGCUAGGAUUCGAUGGUUUCGACAACUACCAUGCUCCGUGCACUGAAGAUAAAGACUACUUUUAUAGGCGGAUGUGGGUUGCAGGGAGUUUUCAAUUCAACCCAGAUAGACCCUUGAGGUUUGGAGAUGAAGUCAGAUUUACCGAGACUGUCGAUAAAAUAAGGCAGUACAAGCGGUUGGAGCAAAUCGGAGUGGACUACAGACGCGAGUACAAAGUGGACAACGUGUGGUCAAUUAUUGAAACCAGGAAACUGUACUACAUACAAAAGACCUAUACGGAAGAAAGGUACCACCUUGUUGAGGACUCAGAUCCAGACCACACCGUCGUGAUUGUCCCCUCUACAGUGUCCAUUUUCCGAUCCAGUGCACUAAUGUUUAAUUCCCAUCUUGUCCAUUACAAUCCCAUAUAUGGCUCCAGAUACGAGGACUAUCCUUCAAUUAUCGUUUCUGGGCCGUUACUGGUUCAGCUGAUGCUCCACUUUUGGCAGCAGCACAAUCCAGACACCACAGCACUGUCACUCAAAUACAAAAUUAUCAACCCAUCGUUUGCCAACGAAAGAAUUGAUCUGUGCAUCAGGGAGACAUCCAAACAUAGACACAGGCUCUGGGCAAAUAGCAGAGAUGGUGAUCUCUGUUUUGUGGCUGAUCUCAUUAUUGCAUAAGCUUACUCAAAGCUAUUUCGCGGUCUCUCCAUUUCUGCCAUUUACGCGGACUUUUUCUGUCCAAGUCGCAAAGCAGUGCCUUUGAAGAGUCUAAGUCUAUAAAAAUCGUGACGUCGCGGAGCGUCAUGGUUUCACACAGUUGAUCAUCAACAUCCGCCUCGCUUUCCAGAGCUAUCAGCUUCUGAUGCACGUUUGGACACCGAGCUUGUUCCGAUGCAAGCGUCUGAAACAAGAGAAUGUUUGCUUGAACUGCAUUCUCAAUUGACAAAUAAGAAAACCCGCGGUCCCGUACCGCUUGUUCGACUGCCUCAGACCAUUUGUGUAUGCCGUCGGUCGUGAGCAGUUGGAGAGGGCAGACAAUAAAUCUCUCGCCAUUCAAUGUCAGAUGUGCACAGUUUCUACAUUUCCGGUCAGAGACAGGCUCUAGCCAUUUCGGCUUCAAUUCCAGCAAUCGGCGAGCUCCCAAGUUUAGGAUGAUGUGCUUAUUAAGAACAAUUACUCGACAAUCAGAGUCCUUGAAAACAUUAUCCAUGAGUAGGCCAUGUGUGUCUGGUUCAAGCUUCAAAUCAUCUCUUUCGAGUUUUCGAAUAGAUUCUGGCUUCAGUUCAACAAGUCUCGUAGGAACUAUCCACCUCUCUAGCGCAGAAAAGUGAUGCAUAUACUCAUAUAUUUCCUGUGUUUUAUAUUGCUGGCCAGCAAGCCGAAGUCUGAGAACCUUAUCAGUCAAUUGCGGAUCGUUUCCCCAAUAUCGGAACACUGCGUUAGCAGCUCCUUUGCGGAAGUAGGAAAAAGAAUCAAGC